AUGACUACCACGAUUAACGAUACUCCACCAUCAUCACCCCUUAUUACGUAUACAGUAGCACCCUACAAUCCAACCCCUAAUAUGUUUAUUCCUCACAAAUACAGAAAUAUAAUUCCUAAGGAGCCGCUUUACACAGAGGAGGGUGUAUAUAUAGUUCCAGGUUCUAGAGAGUGGUUUACUUAUAUGUAUAAUUUACACAACAAUUUGCCCCCACCACUUACAAAAGCACAACGUCGUGCGUUACAACGUGAGAAUGAGCGUAUUGCUCAUUUUAGAUUGAAUCAAGAAAAUGCAAUUAUGCAAGGGACUUCAGUCUAUCGGGUUAAACCACGACAAUUUUUGAAGGAUAGGUUGAGUACAUUUUGUGAGCGUGUUCACGAUAAAAUGACGAAGUUGACAACCCAAUACUUGGAAACUGAUAACGAAAUUACUAAAUCAAAAGUUUAUAAGACUAUGAGUAAUUAUUGUACCAACAUAUUUGAAGAUGAUAAUAUUAGAUCUAACAAGUACCUGCGCUAUGGCAACCAAUCACACCUUGACAUGUUCGGAGUGCCAGUGGACACUUCCGACGAUGCUAAAGAGCUCGAACUCAGACCUAAAAAACGAAGAUUUUCUUCGCAUACUACUAACCUUUACCUGUCGAUUGAUAACACAGAUAGAUUCAAACGUAGACGUCUCUUUCCUGCCGUUAUGGACGACUCAACUGGAAAGCUUAAUUUUUUACAUAGUGGUUCUUUUUUUACACAUUUAGAAGCUAAUGAUACUAUUAAUUAUAAUUCUCCUUCGUCUUCAAACAUUUGUUUAUUUUAUAAUCCAUUAGAUAGAUGUCCUCACUUCUUUGGUUCUCUAGUUCUCUGUUUCCUUUUACCUGCUCCUUCAUCGGUCGUGUUGUUGGAGCAAUUAAGGAAUCAAAAUAGGUUUAGACAAGAACCGAUAUGUUAUAAUUGUGGUAGGAGAGGACAUAUAACAAGAAAUUGUUCACAAGGUCAAAGGUACGAAAGGAGAGUAAAUGUGAUAGAAGAAUAUGAUGAAUAUGAUGAUCAAGGAUAUGAGGGCUAUGAUGAUAAGUAUGAAAGAUAUGAGGAACCAACAGAAUUAUACUAUAAUGACUAUGAUUACGAAUUAUAUCCAGCAACUAGAGGCACGAAGGAAAGGAGACAUUCAAGAAGAACAGAUCCAAUAUCGGGAUAUAAAGAUGACAAUGAAGAAGAUCCGCAAAGAGAAAUGGAAGAGGUUAGAAAUAGAAUGAACGAAGAUAUGGUAACACCACCAUUAGCAUCAACGUAUGAAGAUAGUCGAAAUUUGGGUGAGCCAAUAGGACCAAAGGGAAUGAAAUGGAGCGGAAAAAGACGAAUGUACUAUGAUCCAACUGAAGGAUUGAGGAAAUGGAGAGAAGCUGGAGGAAAACCAACAAGAUCUAGAGAAUAUGGACCGAGGAUGACUGAUGAAGUACCACCUUAUGAUAUAGUAAGGGACGUUAAAGAUACAAGGGCAAAUAUAACUUUUGGACAACUCGUGAACGAAAAUAGGAAAUACUAUAGCCAAUUAAGACAGGGUACAUAUAGACCAGGUGCCAUAAAUAAGAAAGAUUGA